GGGAGGUUGAACCGCGAGAGGCCUUUAAAAAGCGGAGUGUGUGAGACUAGUGUGUUUGUGUGUGCGGAUGUCUGCCGUGAAUCAGGAGAGUUCAGUGAACCGUCGCGAAUAGACGUUUCCGCCCACAAGAAAGAUGGCGGCUCCCUUGAUGGAGAAGCUGUCGGAGUCCUUAGGUUCCCCGGAGCCAGCGGUUCGACUCAUUUUAUCUAUUUUAAUCGGUUAUCCUUUCGCCCUGAUAUACCGGAGGUACUUGUUCUACCAGCCAGCCACAGUUAUCCACCUGUUCCACGCGAUCUCCGGACUGGCUCUAGCAGCAUUUAACUUUGGUGUACCUGCUGGCAGGGUAUUACUACACAGCGACAGAGGAGUAUGACAUCAAGUGGACUAUGCCUCAUUGCGUCCUCACUCUCAAACUUGUUGGUUUGUCAUUUGAUUACUUUGACGGCGGGAAAGAACCAUCCCAGCUGAGUGCAGAGCAGAAGACUUCAGCUCUGUCGUCUGUGCCCUCUCUGCUUGAGGUGUGCGGCUUUUCCUACUUCUAUGGAGGCUUCCUGGUGGGGCCUCAGUUUACAAUGCGCAACUACCAGAGGCUGGUGGCAAGGGAACUCACCGACUGCCCUGGAAAGCCUCCUAACAGUGGUAUACCGGCUUUGAAGAGGUUUGGUCUGGGUUUUGUCUGCCUCCUGCUAUAUACAAUAUUUAGUCCUUACUACCCAGACAGCUACUACCUAACAGACGAGUAUGAGGCUCAACCAUUCUGGUAUCGCUGUGUGUUUAUUUUGCUUUGGGCUAAAGUCAUUUUGUAUAAAUAUGUCAGCUGUUGGGUUAUAGCGGAGGGUGUAUGUGUACUAUCUGGAUUAGGCUACAAUGGAGUAGUAGAUGGUAAGCAUCAGUGGGACGCCUGUGCCAACAUGAAGGUGUGGAUGUUUGAAACCACGCCACUCUUUGGAGGAACGAUUUCCUCUUUCAACAUCAACACAAACGCCUGGGUUGCCAGGCAUGUGUUCAAGAGGUUGAAGUUCCUGGGCAAUAAAACCUUGUCCCAUGUGACCACGCUGUUCUUUUUGACAAUAUGGCAUGGCCUUCACUCCGGAUACUUCUUGUGCUUCUCCAUGGAGUUCUUCAUCGUCACUGUAGAGAGACAGGCCCUGGCACUAGUGAGGGACAGUCCCCUGCUGUCAAAGGUGGCCAACAGCGCACUUUACCCACUCAUCUAUGUAGUCCAGCAGUUUAUUCACUGGCUCUUCAUGGGUUACCCUCUGGUGCCAUUCUGCCUCUUCAGCUGGGACAAAUGGCUCAAGGUCUACUCGUCCGUCUAUUUCUGCGGUCACCUAUUCUUCCUCGCAGCCUUUUUAAUCAUACCACACCUCCGUAAGGCGCUGGUGCCUAAGAGAGAACGGAGUCCGCAAAAGCAGGAUUAAAACUUGGUACUAAGACUUGGCAUGGUCCAUCUGAGGCUAAAUAUCCACUGAAGGGAACUGUGACUUUCAAGGAGCAGAACGGAAAAUAUUUUAAGGCCUUUUAGUAAUAUAUAUGUCCAUGUAAAAAUAAAUCUCUAUAUAUUUUUGUGUUUUAAAUGGUAAGGGUGUUUUUAUAAACAUUUCGAGAAAUGUUUACAGGAAAUGACCAUCGUGCCACAUGGGGUAAUUGUGAGCCAAUCAGGGGCGAUUUCCUGUUUGUUUGUUUUUUAAAGAUGUGAGACUCGUAGAACUUGAGAGACUUACAUGCUGUCUACACAGAAUUGCACUCACCAGUCACGGGUUCAGAGUCAUCGGCUCCAGUAUUGUUUUGUUUUGUUUUGUUUUGUUUUGUUUUGUUUCAUUUCUCUGUCUCACAUCUAGCACCCGCAAUUUAGCAGCAGCAAAAACCUUCAUGGGAGGGUUAAGCACAGCGCCGGCGUACGCGGCGCCUUUUAAUAUAAUAAUACGACAUGCAUACCGCUUUCUGCUGAAGAGAGACUGCUGCUCCGACAGAUAAUAAUAAUAAUCAUCAGGGGGGUUGUUUCUUGAAAAUGGCUGCCAGUGGUUAUACAAGCACUGUAAAUCACACACUGUACACUAACACCCAACUCAAAAUGGCCUUGUAUUAAUGAAUGUUUUUACAGUACAUUUCUUUUGGUUUUAAUUUGAUUUGUGAAGAGAAAAAAAAGACUUGAUUUUAUAGAGUUUUAACAGCUUUUAUGAAAAAACAUUUUUGUAGGUUUGGAUAAGAUUUCAUGAAGGAUUUGCAUUUGUUCUCUGUGUCUUCUUGUCCUCGUUUGAUGUUUUGGUUUUUCUCGCCGUAUUGUAUAUCUUUCUCUCCCUCUGUUCGGUCUACACCACCCCUCUGUCUGUCUCGAUACAAGCCCGGCUAUCAACACCGAAAUGCACAGAUGUGAAAGUGAAUCAUUUUCAAAGUAGAGAAGAGGGGAAGGAUCCCCCCUCACCUUGCACACUGCCCAAGCAUACUGUCACUACGGCUCAUCCUGUUCACUCUGAUCUCCAUUAAGAGGGAGCUUUUAAAUUGAGCAAUUGCCUCAUUUUGAACUGGAAGCAAAACAAACAAAAAAAGAUAGGAAAGACAUCUCCUCUGACCUGUUCUUGUGUUUCUUAAAAGCAGGCAGUAAUUAAAAAUGGGUGAAAUAGAUGCAUCCCAGUCCACAGUGGGAAGGCCUCAUUAUUUUUAUUUAAUCUUUUUUUGUUUGUUUUUGGGGGGGCCUGGAUUGUCUGAUCCAUGCUGGAGAGAGGCCCAUCUCUGCUGCUGCUACUGCUGCGGCCGUCCUUUCAACUGCUGACACACAUACACGGAGAGGACGAACCUCGCUGUAGCAACAACCCCAGAUUUUAGUAAUAUUUAUACAUGACAUGGUGAUUAUUAAUUGAUGUGAAUAGCUAUUUCAAGAAUACUACUUUUUGCCUUAUUCCUACCAAAUGUACAAAAGGAAAAGAAAACUUGGGCUG